CUUCACAAUAGAAUUUAUUUUUUUUAAUUGUUAAUUAUUUAAACAAUUACAACGAGAGUUCUAAUCACGUUAUUAUUUAAACAAAGAGAAAGUUGUAAGUCGUUAAAUAUUGCUGAAAAUUUAUUGAUUAGUGAUAAAUUUCGUUCGUGAAAUUUCGGCAUACGUUCCAAGUGCUUUCAUUUGAAGUGGCCUUUAUUUUUGAAGUUUGAAUUGAAUGUUGAAUGGACUGGUGCCAAAUUUUUGGGGGCUAAUGUGUGGUUUUAUAAAAACUAAAGAAAAGUUCCUCUUCCAGUACCAGUUUUAACAAAAAACCAGCUAAAAUGGCUUCAAGAAUUGUAAAAAAGAGCGCCCUGCGUUUGGGACAGAACUUGUUCAGGGCUCAAUCCACUAUGUCAGCGUUUGAACUUCAGCACAAAACGCCAGUUAUUAAAAAAAUAACUUCAAUCCCGAUUGCUCUGUAUGGAGGCAGGAAUGCAGUGACUAUGUUACCCGGGGGAGGUAUCGGUCCAGAAUUAAUGUCCUACGUAAAGGAAGUGUUCAAAUACGCUGGAGCGCCGGUGGAUUUCGAAAUCGUCGACAUAGACGCGAAAGCGGAGGAUAACAUCGAUUUGGAAUACGCCAUAACGUCGAUAAAGCGAAACGGAGUAGCUAUUAAGGGUAAUAUUGAAACGAAAAGUAAAAGUUCUGAAGUUUUAUCUAGAAAUGUAGCAAUUAGAAAUGAGUUAGAUUUGUAUGUUAAUAUUCUACAUGUUAAAUCGUAUCCCGGAGUACCUGCUAGGCAGAAAGAUAUCGACAUUGUUAUUAUUAGACAGAAUACCGAAGGGGAAUAUGCUAUGUUAGAGCAUGAGAGCAUUGAUGGCGUAGUAGAGAGCAUGAAGGUUGUGACUGAAUCGAAUUCAGAAAGAGUCGCUCGCUUUGCCUUCGAAUGGGCUAAAGCUAAUGGUAGGAAGAAGAUAACUACUAUUCAUAAAGCGAAUAUUAUGAAACUGUCUGAUGGUUUGUUCUUGGAUACUUCCCAGAAAAUCGCUAAGGAAUACCCCGAAAUCGAACACAAUGAAAUGAUUAUCGACAACUGCUGCAUGCAGCUGGUGUCGAAACCCCAUCAAUUCGAUGUAAUGAUUAUGACAAACUUGUACGGAAGUAUCGUGUCGAAUGUUGUGUGUGGUUUAAUCGGAGGCGCCGGAUUAUUAUCCGGAAAGAACUACGGUGAUCAUUAUGCCAUUUUUGAGCCAGCCACGAGGAAUACCGGCAAGGCUAUAGCUGGGAAAAAUGUCGCCAAUCCGAUAGCUAUGCUAAGUGCUAGUGUUGAUAUGUUGGAGCAUCUGGGGCAUAACCAACACGCCAAAAUGAUUCAAAGAGCUAUUUACAAAACCGUUUGUGAAGAUAAAAUUCACACUCCUGACUUGGGCGGUACGGCUACGAGUACGGAUGUGGUUCAAAAAAUUAUUGAUCACAUUUUACAGUCUGACAUCAGACCAUGGUAAUUUUUUGUUAUUACAAAGUUAUGGUGAUGGUACACUAACUUUCAAAAUUAACAAAAUAACAUUGCGCUGCUGUGUCAUGUAUUAACAAUUAACAUAUUUACUUGAACAAUAUGUGAAUGUAUUAAUUGUUUAUUCUACGUUUUUGCAUUUAAUGCUUUAUCAUUUUAAUGCUUCAUCAACAUACACGUACACGUUUUUCUUUUUUUUUUUAUGGUAUUUUUUUUAAUUUUUCUUUUACAGAUUUGACACAACCAUAGUAUUA